AUGAUUUCGAUUAAGAAGUAAGUGAUGAUUUAUUAAUUUAUAGAAUAUUUAUAUUAUGGGAAGUAAGGGAUUUAAAGAUUUUUAAAUAUGAUAAAAAGAUGUAUUGUAUGUAUUAUUUAAUGAUAUAGUGGUGGAGGACACACAACAAGAAGGGCUAAAGGAUAGUAAAUAUUAGAGAGGAGAAAUUAAUUUUUGUAUAAAAAAAAAAUCAUUUAUAACGGAGAAAUAGAAAUAGAAAUCGUAAAAAAGUUUGGAUUUAUUAUUAUAAAUAUCUGUUUAGUAUCUAUAAACAUCCAAAUAUAAUUAAUAAUAUUUAAUUAUCCAAUUUUUAAGUGGUGAAAGAUCAUAAGAUGAAGGAAUUGACAAUAAUAAGAUCGGAAAGGGGAUUGAGAUUUAUGAUGUAUUUUCACAUUCAUCAUAAGUUAUUUACUAUAAUAAAAAUAGAUUGGAUAUUUCAAAUAACAAGAUUUAAAUACAAAUAGACAUUUUAAAACUAAAAUAUAGGCUACAUUUAUUAAUGUCUUCAAAAAAAUUAAUUACUGUUUCUAUUCUUUUUAAUACUAUUAUUUUAUAUUAAAUAUAAUUAUGAUAAAUGGUUUUUCUCUCAUGAAAUAAAUCUACAUUUUGCAAAAGUUAAUUAGAGAAUUAGAAGAAAAACAACAGAAUAACAGUUAAAUAUCCUUACUGUCAAUAUCAGUGGAGAAUAUAUAUAUAUAUAAAUGA